AACACGCAAAAGCUGCUGACCCCUGCUGACCUUGAUAAGCCCGCGACUGCACCGUGUGGCGAACCAACGGAGGGCGCUCAGAAGAAGAAAAGGGCCUGCAAAAAUUGCACCUGCGGGUUGGCCGAGCAGGAAGCUCAAGAGGAGGUUGCGGGCCAGAAGGGCGCUACCGUUGCCAAAUCGGCCUGCGGAAAUUGUUACCUUGGCGAUGCGUUCAGGUGUGCUUCAUGUCCCUACCGUGGCAUGCCAGCGUUCAAACCAGGCGAGAAGGUGGUGCUUCCGGAUGACUUCCUGAAAGCUGACGUCUAG